UGAGUGCAGAGCGUAUAGUGUGUGCGACGUGCAUGUGUGCAGUGUAUUUGUUGUGCCACGUGAUGCGGUGGACGUACAUUGACAUUGUAAUGGUAUAUUGACUGUUGAGUGUCGACCAGACUAUAAAUUAGUUUUUGAUACAACCGACAACAUCAUUACCAAGAGGACUGUCAGUGGAAACACAAUCAAAUUAUAUAAUACACAAUAUUAUUAUACUUUGAACCGUCGAAUAUUAUUUCUAAAACUUCUAGAUAUAACAAUUACUACGAUGCUGCGCGGAACAAUUUCUUUUUUAAUAUUGAUGGUUAUGAGCUCAACAUCAACUCUAGAUUGUGCGAAAGUCGUUUGCUACUUUAGCAAUUGGGCUAUUUAUCGACCGGGCAUUGGAAAAUAUACCAUAGACGAUAUACCGGUCAAAGAUUGCACCCAUGUUAUUUAUUCUUUUGUCGGAGUAGAUAACACGACUUGGGGUAUAAGUGUUCUCGAUCCCGAAAUCGAUGUGAAUAGAAAUGGUUUCAAGAAUUUCACGGAUCUUCGAGAAACGAACCCAGACAUUAAGUUCAUGGUAGCUCUUGGUGGUUGGGCAGAAGGGGGCAAGAAGUAUUCUACAUUAGUGUCUUCUUCAGAGAAAAGAGCAACAUUUAUCAAAAGUGUAAUCGACUUUCUUAAGAAAUACAACUUUGAUGGCUUAGACCUCGAUUGGGAAUAUCCCGGUGCAACUGACCGAGAUGGAGCUUAUUCAGAUCGCAAUAAUUUUUAUUAUUUUGUACAAGAACUAAGAGCUGAAUUCCAAAAUCAAAAUACUUCAUGGCAAUUAACUAUGGCAGUACCAUUAGCAAAAUUCCGAUUAAUGGAAGGUUAUUACGUUCCAGGCCUAUGUCGUUUAACCGAUGCUGUACACGUAAUGGCUUACGAUUUACGAGGAAAUUGGGCUGGGUUUGCGGAUGUCCAUAGUCCAUUGUUUAAAAGACCUUCUGAUCAGUACGCUUAUGAAAAACUAAAUGUUGCCGAUGGAAUGCAAUUGUGGGUGGAUCUUGGUUGUCCACCAAAUAAAUUAGUUAUGGGUGUACCGUUCUAUGGCCGAUCGUUUACAUUAAGUGCUAGUAAUAAAAACUACAAUAUUGGCACAUACAUCAAUAAAGAAGCAGGAGGUGGUGAAGCUGGAAAUUACACGCAAGCUGUCGGAUUUUUGGCUUAUUAUGAGAUAUGUAAAUAUUUACUAGACGAAGACAAUGGUUGGACUCAAAUGUGGGAUCCAAUUGGCAUGUGUCCAUAUACAUAUAAAGGUACACAAUGGAUUGGUUAUGAUAAUGUCAGAAGUUUAUCAUUAAAGAUGGAUCAUAUCAAAAACAAAGGCUACGGUGGUGCAAUGACUUGGGCUGUAGAUAUGGACGAUUUUAAUGGCAUUUGUGGUCCCAAAAAUCCUCUCAUCCGAGUUUUACGAGACGCUAUGGAAACAUACACCCCUCCAGUUAUACAGAUAACUACUACUCCUACGCCAGAAUGGUUGGUACCUCCAGAAAUAACUACUCAAAAUAGGAAAGACAGUACCGUACAAUUACCUACUGAACCUACAACUGUAUCAGAUAAAGAAACUACAACUGUAUCAGUUAAAGAACCUACAAUUGUAUCAGUUAAAGAACCUACAACUGUAUCGGUUAAAGAACCUAAUAAAGCUGUAAAAACAUAUGGUCACAAAACAACAGUAUGCAAACAAGGAGAGUAUUCGCCGAGUAAUUACUGUCAUAAAUAUUUCAUGUGCGACCAUGGGAAAUUGAUGACUUUCCAUUGUCAACCCGGCACUGUCUGGAAUCAAGAGGAAUUGGUAUGCGAUUGGCCUUCCCGAGCUGCCCAGUCAGAUUGUAUAAAAGUUUAAUUUAUAAAUUAUAACAUUCAGAUAUAGAUAUACAAGAAAAUUAUAUGUUAACAAAAAUGUAACAAUAGUAAAUUUACAUUAAAAGGAAGUAACAUUGUCCGCAGUAA